AUUGCAUUUAGUUUUCCUCUAUAAAAGUCUUAAAUAUUUCCUCUUUCUUACUGAUACUGAAACAGGUUAGUUUAGGUUAAAAAGGUUUUCAAAUUCACCGAUUUAAUUUGGUGAAAACUGCAGAUAAUUGACUGUUUAAUUCAAUAUUUGUGACAAAAAUAUUACAGCUGUCUGUCACCCAUAAAGACCAAUUAGUGCUUGAUUGGUACACUUAAUUUCCUCUUACUACAGUGCAGAGUUUUAGUGAUCAAAUAUGGUCUAAAUGUUGUUUCACAUCAUUCACAUCAAUUUAAUGAAUAUUAACAGACUCUAUCAGCUCCUGGCAGCGUCUGUGUGAACACUAUGAGCAUCAAUAUUGGGCUUCAAAACCCCUAAACAUGAUUUAAUUCUAAAUACAGAACUUUCAGGCUUUCAGGCUGCUUCAGUAAAGAAUCCUAACAGAUGUUCCUCUUCUGCUUUUCAGAGCCUCCGUUGGGGUUUUUCUUCUUUCAAUCAAGGCAGCAGAGAGAGAGAGAGGAGAGCUGAUGAAGAGGCUGAUGAUGAGAGUGAAAGAAUGAUCCAGGCAGUGACUGAGGACGCAGACACACUCUCAUAAACAGGUAAUAAACAGGUGCAGCGAUGGCGGCGUGGCUGGGCCGGGUGUCCUGGGGCGACGCCUGGUACAACAUGUACUCCCGGCUGCUACGCACCAAACCUGUGGGCUCCAUGGCUCAGAGCGCUGACGACCUCACCGAGCUGGGGGAGGGCUCGGCGCUUGGACUCGCCAAGGUCCUGACCACUGUGGACCUGGUGUCGCUCGGGGUGGGCAGCUGCGUCGGCACGGGGAUGUAUGUGGUCGCCGGGCUGGUUGCCAAGGCGAUGGCCGGGCCGGGGGUCAUCCUGUCCUUCAUCAUUGCAGCUGUGGCCUCCAUACUGUCAGGCGUUUGCUACGCAGAGUUUGGCGUCCGGGUCCCCAAGACGACCGGCUCGGCCUACACCUACAGCUACGUGACGGUCGGGGAGUUUGUGGCGUUUUUCAUUGGCUGGAACUUGAUCCUGGAGUAUCUGAUUGGCACGGCGGCGGGGGCGUCGGCUCUCAGCAGCAUGUUCGACUCUCUGGCCAAUCACAGCAUCAGUAACUACAUGAUAACACACCUGGGCACGCUCAGAGGACUCGGUAAAGGUGAGGACACCUACCCCGACCUGCUGGCCCUGUUCAUCGCCCUGCUGGUCACAGUCGUCGUCGCCCUCGGCGUGCGUAACUCGGUUGGCUUCAACAACGUCCUGAACGUGGUCAACAUGGUGGUCUGGGUCUUCAUGAUCAUCGCCGGGCUGUUUUUCCUCUCCGCCAGUAACUGGGAAGCCGGCAGGUUCCUGCCCUACGGUUGGUCAGGGGUGAUGAAAGGCGCAGCGACCUGCUUCUACGCCUUCAUCGGUUUCGACAUCAUUGCGACGACAGGAGAGGAGGCCAAGAACCCCAACACCUCCAUCCCGUACGCCAUCACCGCCUCGCUGGUCACCUGCCUCACCGCCUACGUGUCGGUGAGUGUGAUCCUGACUCUCAUGGUUCCCUACAACCUGAUCGACGGCUCGGCUCCUCUCAUGGAGAUGUUCGCGGUGCACGGCUUCCUGUGGGGGAAGUACACCGUGGCCGUGGGCUCCAUAGCGGGACUCACCGUCUCUCUGCUGGGCUCCUUGUUCCCCAUGCCGAGGGUCAUCUACGCCAUGGCCCGAGACGGACUGCUGUUCAAGUUCCUGUCACAUGUGUCUGCCCUCACACACACUCCGACGGUGGCGUGCGUGGUGUCGGGGUGCUUUGCGGCCAUCCUCGCUCUGCUGGUGAGCCUGAGGGACCUGAUCGAGAUGAUGUCCAUCGGCACCCUGCUGGCCUACACUCUGGUCAGUGUGUGCGUGCUUUUACUGCGCUACCAGCCCGACGAACACGCCGACACACACCAGUUCAGCUCCGGCGAGGGCGUGGACGGCCUGAAGCACCGGGACGACGGCGCCGUUCCCACCAAAGACGACCAGAUGCUGAUCGGAGACGCUGACGGUUCGUCCUCCUACCACGCCGGCGGCAGCGAGGGAGACGGAGACGACUCAGAGUUCCACACGGGCCACGCCUCACUGCUGAAAAGGCUUCUGGGAGGUCAUUACUACACCCUGCGACUGCGGCUGGGAAUGCCCGAUGCGUCGGCCCGGCCCACCCCCGCAACCGGCCGCAUAGUGACCCGCUGCACCCUCCUCCUCUUCAUCAUGUCCUUCCUCCUCUGGUCCACCAUCAUAUUCGGUGUUGAGCAGGGAACGGGGGCUGGGGCGGUGGUUUCAGCCCUGAUGGCCACACUGAUGGCGGGAUCCUUGGCGAAGCUUUUGAUCAUGAUUUUACAGCAGCCAGAGAGUGGGCGGAGCCUGCCCUACAUGGCGCCAUGCGUGCCCUUUGUUCCCGCGGCAGCCAUAUUGGUCAACAGCUACCUCAUGCUCAAACUGUCUCCCCUCACCUGGGCCAGAUUCACCAUCUGGUGCAUCAUAGGUCUGUUGAUCUACUGUUGCUAUGGAGUGUGGCACAGCACGCUAGAGCUCAACGCCCGGGAGGAGCAGGCACACGCCAGCUCCUACCAGCGCUAUGACGACCACCUCGACGACACCUUCUCCCCCUGUGAUGAACUUUACCCCCAGGAGCAGGACGAGAGACCCUAUCAGGGCUGGUCUGCCCCGGAAGAGAGGGGCAGCCACGGCCAGCGGCAGGAGAACCAGUAUGAGGAACAAGAGGGAGAGCAAUAUGAGGAUAACAGUGACCAGUAUGGAUACCAGUCUGGUCCAGCGGGUCAGUACACGACCAGAGGUUACAGGUCCAGGGGAAGGACCAAUCAUGGCUUUGAAGAGGAGGAUUAAAUACAGGAUGUUUUGCUGCCCUAAAUGGACAAAAUCAAAGAAUCAAAGAAUGAAUAAAACUUUGAAAGCGCCUUUUAUGUGAGACACUAAAUCAAAAACUCUCCAAGACAAGUGAAGUCAUAUCAUAAGAUUUUAUUCUAAUAUCUACCAGGGAACCUCUCCCUUCAGUGUGGAAACCUGGCUUUGAUCUCAUGGGAGGAGAGAGGAGAGUGGAUACGAUGGGCACCUCCCAUCACAGAUGUUUCACUGAAUGAGGCUCAAAGCAGCUGCAGAAGCUUCAGUACAUUCUGGUGUCUGCAACCACCUCGCAUGACCAACAACAACCUCUCUUACCCGUUUCUUACAGUACUGUCGGCCUUCAUUUCCUCAUGCAACAUUCAUGCACAUAUCAGUGUCCCAGUACGAAAGGUCAUCCUGUGAAGUGACAUUUUAGCAGUGGUGGAAGAAGUAUUCAGAUCCUUUACUUAAGUAGAAGUACUAGUAC